CUCUGUCUCAAAAUAAAAAAAAAAAUUCAAAAUGAUUUCUCUUUGUUGGGAGACUCCAACGCAGUUUUUAUGGGAAAGAAGGUGGGAUUGGAGGAGGUCAUCAAAAAAAAAAAGUCAGUUAUGAAGAAACUGGAGAGGUUUUUCUAGAGCUGGAUAUUGGAGCAAGUGUUCAUGCUUUAAUCAUUCCUGUCCCAGGGGUUUGACAGCUCAACAGUUGGAGAUUCACUGAGAAUCCGCAUAUUGGAAGGGGGCAGAAAACAGAGCGACCUGAGCAGGGCCCAUCAAAGUGGAGGCGCUGAGUCCCUGUGUGUCUCCCUUGCCUUUGCCGCAGUCUUCACAGUCAGAAAUGGGCAGAGAGGAUCAGAAAUGGGUAGAGAGGAUCAGAAAUGGGCGGAAAGGACCAGAAAAGGCCUAAAUUCCCUACACUGAGAGUAUUGGGUGUGUGCGCGUGUUUGUGUGCGUCAACAAUUCACGUAUGAAGAAGGCAACUCUGACCUCCCUUACAACAUUAUGGACUUCAGAUGAAGCCCACCCUUCCCGACCCCGUGAUGCCGGACGUGGGACUCCUGCAAACCACGUUUCUGCUUUGACGGCGGCCCCCUAAUAGGCUCUGCCGGCAGGGGGCGCUGGAGGGAGCCCGCCAGGCUGGAGGAGGGACUUCCUGUUUGCUUGCCAUGUACUUCCUGCUUCUGGGAGCAUCCCCAUGUCAACGCCUGUUUACCACGCAGUGGCCGUUCCCAUGUGUAGCUGCACUAAAUCCACUUCACAAUAACUGCGUUCAGAGCUGUCAGCUGCCUCUUGAGAGGUCUAGAUCUCAGCGUGAGGGCCCUCCUCUGAGCGCAGAGACCCCAGCAUUAGAGGAGCGGGGCCUCUACCCCAAUUUUAAAUUUAAUAACUUUCAUUUCCUCCCUUUAUUCCUUCAGUCUAGGGAUGGUAGCUAUUUACAUUGCUGCGGCUCUAUUAUUUAGCGCCCCUCCCAUCCCGUAAUUUACUUAACUUUAUAGCGAGUUAAGUUCUUUAUAUUAAAUUUACCCUGAUCGGAUAUUUGGUCAAGAAUGCUGUGUUUUUGGAGGGGUUGUUGGGGGUAGGGUAGAGAGAGGCUAAAAUAAUGUCAGCAGCUUUGAAAAAGGUAUUUUCCACACUGAUUUGCCAAAACCACCCCAUGGGGCUCUCACUGAAGUCCAAUAGCCCAUAGUGUAAUCCAUUCUUUAGACUGCCAACAAGCCUAGACUCACAGACAUUAGAGAGGGAGGGAGAUCUACCGUCUGGAACCCUGUGGAGAUUAAAGAGGAACCUGAGACAGUUUCUUGGACGGCUUGUGAAUAUCAGAAAAUAUAUUUUGGAGGGUUAGAAGACUGAGGGAUAUGGUUGGUCACAUUUGCUGCCAUGGAAUAAUUCAACCAGUCUUCACUUGGAAAGAGAAUCACACCCUGGCAAGAGAUCUUCACUAAGCACGAAAAAAGCUAUUAAAGGAUUCUUUGCUCCUCCUUCCCUGUGCCCAACCUCUACCGGCUUCCCAUUCCGUGACGAUGGCUCAGUGGAGGAGAGUCUGCCGGCAGCAUUACCUGUGGGCCCUGGGCUGCUAUAUGCUGCUGGCCAUUGUUGCUCUGAAACUUUCUCUCAGAUUAAAAUGUGACCACCUGGACUUGCAGUCCAGGGAGUUUCAAAGCCAGCACUGUAGGGAUAUCUUGUACAAGUCCCUGAAACUGCCAGCAAGGAGAUCCAUCAACUGCUCCAGGAUCGCCCGAGGGGACCAGGAAGCAGUGCUUCAGGCUCUUCUGAAUAACCUGGAGGUCAAGAACAAGCGGGAACCCUUCACAGAUGCAGACUACCUCCAGGCGACCAGACACUGUGAGCGCUUUAAGGCCAAAAGGAAGUUCAUACAGUUCCCACUGAGCAAAGAAGAGUUGGACUUCCCUCUUGCGUACUCAAUGGUGGUUCAUGAGAAGAUCGAAAACUUUGAAAGGUUGCUUCGAGCUGUGUACGCCCCUCAGAACAUAUACUGCGUCCAUGUGGAUGAGAAGUCCCCAGACACUUUCAAAGAGGCAGUCAGGGCGAUUACUUCAUGCUUCCCAAACGUCUUCAUUGCCAGUAAACUGGUUCCGGUGGUUUAUGCCUCCUGGUCCCGGGUGCAGGCUGACCUGAACUGCAUGGAGGACUUGCUCCAGAGCUCAGUGCCAUGGAAAUACUUCCUGAAUACGUGUGGGACAGACUUUCCUAUAAAGACCAACGCUGAGAUGGUCCAGGCCCUCAAGAUGUUGAAUGGAAGGAACAGUAUGGAAUCGGAGAUCCCUACUGAGUACAAAGCACUGCGCUGGAAACAUCACUAUGAGGUGAGAGACACAUUGUACAUAACCAGCAAGAUGAAGGACCCUCCCCCUAAUAAUUUAACCAUGUUCACGGGGAAUGCCUAUAUGGUGGCUUCCCGAGACUUUGUCCAACAUGUCUUAAAGAACCCCAAAUCCCAACAACUGAUUGAAUGGGUAAAAGACACCUAUAGCCCCGAUGAACACCUCUGGGCCACCCUUCAGCGUGCACGAUGGAUGCCUGGCUCUGUUCCCUACCACUCCAAGUAUGACAUCUCAGACAUGACUUCCAUUGCCAGGCUGGUUAAGUGGGAGGAGCAUGAGGGAGACGUCAAUAAGGGGGCACCAUAUGCACCUUGCUCUGGAAUCCACCAGCGGGCUAUCUGUAUUUAUGGAGCUGGGGACCUGCACUGGAUGCUUCAGAACCAUCACCUGUUGGCCAACAAAUUUGACCCAAAGGUAGACGAUAAUGUUCUUCAGUGCUUAGAAGAGUACCUACGUUACAAGGCCAUCUACGGGACCGAACUCUGAGAUGCACUGUGAGAGAAUUGCUACUUGUGGGGCAAGAGACUGUGCAGACAUGCCCAGAACUUCCUGGGACACUGUGGGCUGGGAGACCAGGGCUUUGGAAUCCUUGACAUCCCCUGGGAUGAGGGGGCUGCUAUUGGCGUGUAAGUAGAUCUGGUGCUGCGGGUGAUGCCGGCUGUGCUCACCCCCCUCCCCUAGUCCCAGGAGCUCCUGCACUGUCUUUCUCACCGAGAAUGGGAGCUGCUAUUAUCUGGGACAGGAAGGGAGGGAUGUGUGGCAGAGGACCCCGGGUUUCAGAUGAAUGCCUGGUGGCAGCUUUUCUGCUCUGUGGGGAGGCUGUUCCUAAUAAUUCUAGGCUUGGUAGUGCGGAGGGGGACUUUGAUGGAAAGAGAGCCUUCCCUUUUGUUCUUUUAACCAAAAAAAUAAAUAGCUCCUGAUUCAAAGUCCUACCUCGACUUUUCGCCUAAUACCCCAGAAAUAAUAUAAACAGAUAAAAUAUGUGAGAUUUUUUUCCUCACAACUCUAUGUGACAUUUAAGAUCCCUAAUGACUGUCAAGAGAGUCCUCAUUAUUCUGAAAUGGCCCAGGCAACCUGUAUGAAUAGCAAAUUCAAAAGCACAUAGAAGAACAGAGUUGGUUCUUCCAUUAUUGAAAGCCCUCCUCCUUUUGUUUAUGAGGUUCAUGACUUCUGUGAGGGAAAAGGCAGGUGUUUUAGCCAGUUUGACCACCCAUAUCCUUAUGGGAAAAUUAUGGCACUAAUUUUGUCAGCUUCACAGCCAAAGCUUAACUAACGUUCCAUAAUAGAGAUAAUUAUGGAUAAUUAGGUAAGGUUGUGUAUAAUUUAUUGCCCAAAGUGGAACACAUUUUAGUAGGGGAAAGGGCUGCACUAUUAAUAAUCAUGUCAAGAAACAAAAAUGAACUAGGACUGUCUAGCUAGGCCGGGAUGUCUGGUUAUUCCAUGUUUAGGCCUCUUGGGUCAAAAUUCUCUUAUUUUCGUAUGUGAAUGGAAGGAUCAUUAUUUGUGAGUUGCAGAUUAUACAUUUCCUUGUGGGGAGACAAUUAUGUGCAUAAAUAUAUAUAUAUAUACCUAUGUAUAGCAUGUGUGUUUAUAUACAUAUAUACACACACACACACACAUACACUCCCCACCUCUCAGAUGUUACCUGGGGAAACAGUUUCCUUUCUGAAGCUCUAGAGAGAGCUGUUGGCUAUUGGUUGUACUCUGUGAUGGGACAAGGGAUACUAUGAGAACAUAGGCAGCAGCCUUUGAAUAUAGCACAGCGGAUCUGCGUACAGGGUGCUCUGGAAAAGCAAUUUACAUGCGAGUUGAUUUGUGUGAUUUGAAUGCUGUUUCCAUUAACAUGUCAUAAUGUCAUUAAUAUGUUUCUUCAUUUCGGAUUGGGAUUCAAUUAAUCAAGUUUUCUUUCAAGAUCAACUUUCUCCAUGCAACCCCUGUAACUCUGACACAGUGACUUUUUUAAUCUAUAAGCUCGUGAUUCUUUUUUGUAAGGCUGUCUUCCUCUGGUCAUGGGCACUGCCACCACCAACUUGCCUGCACUGCCAUAUUGAGCUCUCUUCACCUUGCUGCCAGCUCCACCACGGAGACGACGGAGACGACAUAUGGCCUAGCCAUAUGUGCAGUGGAUGUGCCCGGUGCCCUGUAAGGGUCUGUCGCCGCCAGUAGUGAUCAUGGAUCCUCCCCCUAGUGGCCGAUGUGAUGACUGUCCUCAGUCCUCCUCUGAGGGAGACAGAAGGGACUGCACUACCACUGUGGGAAGGAUGCAGAAAAGCCUCCCUGAGUGCAUGUGUCCUGAGAAAAGAACCCAGGUCUUUGUCCUCAUAUUUAACUUAUUCUAAGA